GAUCACGUCGGUUUCACCAAUGAUGAUGUCACAGGUAUUCAGUGUUUGACAACGCUUCUACCAGUAACACCUUCUUAUGUAUUUCGUUCCCACCAAGAGAAAUCAAAAGACAGAGUCGAGGAGAUCGGAAGAGUAUAUUUGGCGAUGACCAAUAUACCGGAAUUCUCUGAUCUAAUCUGGCUAGCGAUUGCGGUUGAUGUUGAGCACGGCGUUACCACACGUGAUCUGGUGCGGAUGCCUGACCGAGCGCCUUCAGCUAGGUGAGUCCACUAAAACAUAUGGUCAGCAUCCAAUGUCGAAAACUUAGUGCUAUUUAUUUUGGGGAUUUAUUUACCGCUACACUCUGAAUAUUAUUGGUUUAACAAGAUAAAACACAGUUGCUUCGUUUGUAGUAGUUAAAAUGCUUCUAAAUGGUAGUAUGUAUGACGCACAAUGUUCCAAUAAAUUUUCUAAACACUAGCGCUCAUCCUAUUUAAUUAAUUACUUCAACCUAACGUCGAUUUCGAAAUUUCUACACUCUUCUGCAUUAACUCCAAAAAUACGAUCCGUACUUUCGGAUAAAUUCCCAAAACCAACUACGUUUAAUCGCACUUAUGACGAAAAUUAAACCUCAUCUUUAACGUGGUCCGACUAAAGUGGUACUUUGAUAACUUUAACCAUUUUGCUUACUGCCAACUAGAAAGUUCCUUAUCUUGUUCCUAAUUUUUAUAAAUCACAAGUCCAGUGCGCUUUGGUUAGGUCGUAGAAUAAAUAAGCUUCCGAAAGAUUAUACUAAAGUCAAAAACAUUACAUAAGCUAAGGAUAUAUUGUCUUAGCCUGUGAUCCAUUCGGAAGGGGACGAGCAACUAGAACGCGAGUCACUCUAAAUUGAGUGCAUGAUUCGCUUUUAGAUUGCAUGGCAAUUUCUUCUGAGUUAGUAUUCUUUUUUAGAAUUUCAGAAGUACCUCUGUCAGACCGACUGUGUAAGUUGGAUACUCAGAGACGACUCAAACGGUUGUGUUCAUCAGAAAAACAACACUGUGUGAGGAGAUUCCAUUAAUAGCCUUAAAAUGAAACAUUUCAUAUAUGAAUUGAACAAAUUACCAAUUACCAAAAGACAGAAAGAAGAUACGAAUAUGGAUGAAAAUGACGAAGAAGAAGAAGAAGAAGAAGAAGAAGAAGAAGAAAAAGAAAACGAAGAAACAAAGUUUUUCAUUGAUUUCUAUAAAAAAUUCCAUCAAAUCCAAAUGAAUCAAAUCUGGUUUCCAAAAGAUCUACAUGAAUUUCUACAAUUUUAUAAUAUAGAUAAUUUUCCAGUUUUAAAUUUAAAUACUGAAAUUCCCGCUGAAAAAGUUGGUUCAAUUACUCCCAAUGAUUUACAUGAUCUUUUUCAAUUUAAAAUUGAUUCGAAAAAUGUUAAUGAUCUAAUUCAAAAUAUGGAGAAACAAUUCAAUAAUGAUUUUAAACAAAUGAUAGAUGGAAUCAAUAGUUUGAAUAUAGUUACUAUAUGAUAGAUAAACGUUACACAAAAAAAACUAUCAUGAUUGAGUAUUGAUUUUAAAAUGAGUUACCAUAUAGAUAUUAUUGUAGUUGUUAUGUGAGAAUAAAAUUAAAAUGAUAAAUUUACUUAAUUCUUGUUGAAAUUAAUAGUUUUCUAUUUUGAAAAAAAAUAAGGAAAGAUUAAAAUCGAAUGUACCAACUAGUAUUUAACUAGUUACUUACUUAUUUACUUACUUACUUACUUACUUACUUACUUACUUAC